AGACAACACUGUCAGUUGUUAAGUUAUACUGCUUGAAGGCUACAGUAGGGUUAUAUUAACAAACGAAAUGCAACCACAGAUAAUACUUUUGAAGGAGGGAACUGAAAGUUCUCAGGGUAAACCUCAGCUGGUAUCCAACAUAAACGCUUGCCAAAUAAUCGCAGAUGCAAUUCGAACAACCCUUGGCCCAAGGGGCAUGGAUAAACUUAUUGUGGAUGGUAAUGGGAAAGCAACAAUAUCAAAUGAUGGUGCUACUAUUUUAAAACAUUUGGAUAUAGUGCAUCCCGCUGCCAAGUGUUUGGUGGAUAUAGCCAAAUCUCAAGAUGCUGAGGUUGGAGACGGAACUACAAGCGUAGUCCUGAUCACUAGUGAAAUUUUGAAACAGCUAAAACCAUACGUUGACGAGGGUGUGCAUCCUAGAAUAAUGAUGAAAGCAGUGAGAAAGGCAACACAAUUAUGUUUAGACAAAAUUAACAGCUUAGCUGUUAAGAUUGAAAAGAGUAGUGCAGAACAACAUCGCUCUUUGCUGGAGAGGUGUGCUGCUACUGCACUCAGUUCCAAGUUGAUUCAUCAGCAGAAAGAUUUUUUUUCGAAAAUGGUUGUUGAUGCUGUGUUGUUGUUAGAUGAACUCCUUCCACUUGAUCUCAUUGGAAUCAAGAAAGUACCUGGUGGAGCUUUGGAGGAAUCUUUGUUGGUCUCUGGUGUGGCAUUUAAGAAAACUUUUUCUUAUGCCGGCUUUGAAAUGCAACCUAAAAAGUACACCAAUCCAAAAAUAGCUAUUCUCAACAUUGAAUUAGAAUUGAAAGCAGAGAGGGACAAUGCCGAAAUCAGACUUGAUAAUGUAGAGGAGUAUCAAAAAGUAGUAGAUGUUGAAUGGCAAAUUCUCUACGAAAAAUUGGACACUAUUGUUAAAUCAGGAGCUCAGGUUGUGCUGUCUAAACUUCCAAUAGGCGAUGUUGCUACUCAGUAUUUUGCAGACAGAGAUAUGUUCUGCGCUGGUCGUGUUGCGGAUGAAGACAUCAGGAGAACACAGAAAGCAUGUGGUGGCACUAUGAUUACCACUACUAAAGAUAUGUCAGCUUCAGUUCUUGGUACUUGUGAAGUAUUUGAAGAAAGACAAAUUGGUGGUGACAGAUAUAAUUUGUUUGCUGGCUGUCCAAAUGCUAAAACAUGUACCAUGAUACUGAGAGGUGGAGCUGAACAGUUCUUGGAGGAGACAGAAAGAUCUCUACAUGAUGCCAUCAUGAUUGUCAGGAGAACGAUUAAAAAUGACGCUGUUGUUGCAGGUGGUGGAGCUAUUGAAUUGGAACUUUCCAAAAUGUUGCGGGAUUACUCAAGGACUAUUGCAGGCAAAGAACAACUGUUAAUAGGAGCAGUUGCUAAAGCUUUAGAAAUUAUUCCACGACAGUUGUGUGAUAAUGCUGGUUUUGAUGCAACUGCUAUUCUUAACAGACUCAGGCAAAAGCAUGCUCAAGGAAGCUGCUGGGAAGGUGUUGAUGUAGCACUUGAGGAUAUCUCCGACAAUAUGGAGAAAUGUGUUUGGGAGCCGUCAGUAGUUAAGAGAAAUGCUUUAGAAGCAGCUUGUGAAGCAGUAUGCCUGAUCCUUUCUGUUGAUGAAACAAUUAAGAACCCCAAGUCAGGAGGUGGCGGGCAGGGAGACCAACCAAUGAUGCCUCCGAGAGGCAGGCCUAUGUGAGCUUUCAUCCAUGUUAAACCUCUACCUCUCUCACUCCUGUUCUCUCGUAUAACCGAAAGGUGUUUGUCAUCUUUUCUGCGCAUCAUUAAACUGAGAGCUUUAUACAUCAUCAAUUAGUUUCGCUAAUUUAAUACUAUAACAAAUAAUUAUAAUUUUUAUAUAUUUCCUUAUUUCAAAUAAACAUUACUUACUACACUAAAA